AUGCCUCUACCAUCGUGGAGUCAAGUCACGGCCCCGGUUCGCCAUAUUCGAACGGCCACCUUCUUGAUCCUCACAUGGAUUAUUACCAGCGUCCUGGCCCAAGAAGAAGAUUACCAGUCUCCUUGUCUCAGCGACAGAUUCAAGGAUCCGACCAUCCAGCACCCAGGUGGUCUUUUCUCAAGCAACGUCUGGUUAAGACGCGGCCAGUGCAUCCGAGACGUCAACUCGUACGCGCAGUGCCGUAGCAACCUCAUCGCCGUCCUCGACGACCUGUCAGCCCUGCAGAGCACCGAAUAUGGAGCCGGUGCCGGCGUCUUGACCCUCCUUCCGACAGCUGGCGCCCUCUUCGGAAGUCCCACCGCGGAGCUGUGGGCCCUUUUGAAAAUGUCUCCCAUCGCCGGGUUCCUGGCGCAGUCGCUGACCUUCGGCGCCACCAUGGUGCCGUCCGAGACCGAGGAUUACCUCAAGGUCUCGAAGAGUCAGGGAUGCACGGCUAUGCGUGUCCCGCCAGUGAAGAAGGUUGAGGAGGACCCCAGCGAGGUUACUUACGCACGUGUUUCCGAUGAGGCGCAACAGAGGAUCCGACAUGCUUUGAAGAGGGACCGUAAGAUGCCGCGUGCCUACGCAGGUCUUACGCCGAAGCAGUUCUUCCUUCUUGGCUGUGCUGUGUUGACGGUCUUCAUCGCCGGCUCCCAAGUUGCAUUGGCGGUCAUCGAGCAAGGUGCUGUUUAUUCAACAUGGUGCACCGCUAUCUGGUGGGCACACAUCUGGUAUCUCGUUGUCAGCGUCGUCGCCAUCGUCGAUGGUUACAUCAACCUCCCAUUCGACGAGACAUGGAAAGUCUACAUCUCCCGCCAAAACGCCACUCUCAUCGGCAACGAAUCGGGCGUCUUCGAAGGAAGCAGCUGGGAGCUCGACGGUGUUGACGAGAUGGUCAUCGAGGGCGCCAUGCGAGGCGCCGCGCCCAAGAAGAACGCAGUCUACGCCCAGACCGGCGACGAGUCGCAAACAGGUCGCCAGAUGCUCGUCGUGAUCUCCAUUUCUCAAGAGGACAAGCGGCCCCCCAUCUGGUUGUCGGGACUGCGCCUCUUCUUCCGUGCCGGAGGCCUGACCUGCUUCGUCUUCGCCACUUCGGUCUUCGCCGCCGUUACCCUACUGGCACUUCCCAUGUCGCAGAUGGUGUUGAUGGUUAUCGUGGGAUCCGGCUUCUUCAGCAGGGCCAUCGUGCAGAAGAUGGUCAAGACGAUGUACCACGAGAGGCCCGUCAUGCACCUCAUCGCUGAGGACAAGCAGACGGCGGACCGCAUGUUGACGGACAUUAUGCAAAUGAAGAUGGAGCCGGAAGAUGCGUCUUCUUCGUAUGUGUUUGAGGUCAACGGCAAGCUGUGGAUUCGACAAGUCUGUGUUGGCUUGACGAACCGUUGGAGGAGACGGUUCUUUGGGCUGUUGUCGAGUCUGCCCCUGGUUGAGGGAUCUGGCCAGGAAACUAAGGGCUCAUGGGAGCCUCUUAGACAGACUGACUACUAA